AUGGCCGUAAUAAAUCAACCAAGUAGUCAAAUCAAACUAACAAACGUUUCCCUAGUCCGAAUGAAAAAGGGCAAAAAAAGAUUUGAAAUAGCAUGUUAUCAAAAUAAAGUACAAGAUUAUCGUUCCAAAAUAGAAAAAGAUUUAGAUGAAGUAUUACAAAUCCCACAAGUGUUCAUAAACGUAUCAAAGGGUCAAGUAGCAAACAAUGACGACUUACAAAAGAGUUUUGGUACAACAAAUCAAGAUGAAAUCAUAAUGGAAAUUUUAAACAAAGGUGAGAUUCAAUUACAUGAAAAAGAACGUAAUGCAAAUUUACAACAAAAGCAAAAUGAAUUCCUAACAAUAAUAUCUACUAAAUGUAUAAACCCAAGGUCAAAAAAGAGAUACACACCAUCAAUGAUAGAUAAAGCUCUUAACGAAUUAAAAUUCCAUCUAAAUCCAACAAAAACUACCAAAAUCCAGGCAUUAGAUGCAAUAAAGUUACUUGUAGAGAAACAAAUCAUCCCAAUAGCAAGAGCACAAAUGAAAAUUAAACUCUUAUUAACAAAAAAAGCUUAUACAAAAUUAUAUGAAGAAGAAAUCAAACCUAAAAUUGAUCAUUUAGAAGAAUUGGAAAAUAAUGGUAAAAAUUAUGAAAUUAUUGGAAUAAUUGAUCCUAUAAAUUAUAGAGCUAUUGUGAAUUUAUUGGAAGAAAAAGAUAUGAAAAAUGAAGGAUCAAUAGAAGUUUUAGAUAUGUCUGCUAUAAAAGAAUAG